AGUAAUGACUCUCAGUGCAUUCAAAGCCUAGUCACCUUAGCUACUGUUUUGGAUAUUUUGGGCAUGGAAAUGAACAUUUUUUUCUUGCCAGUUUUAUCCCCAAAAACUUGAUAGGUUGACCUAUUACAUAAGUAUAGGAUAACACACGUGCAGUUGUAUUUGGAUGUCCAAAACAUGUGUCCUACCAGAAUGCUGGUCAGCUCCUAGAAAUGGCAAAGUCCAUCAUACCACCACUCACAUAUGACCUGCACAAGGGCAUGAUGGGAAAGAUAGGGGUCGUUGGAGGGUGUAAAGAAUACACAGGUGCACCUUACUUUGCAGCUAUUUCUUCUUUUAAAAUUGGAGGUGAUCUAUUGCAUGUGUUCUGUACAGGAGAUUCAGCGAGUGUAAUCAAGUCCUAUAGUCCAGAACUCAUUGUACACCCAAUACUUGAUUCCGAUACUUUUAUGACACAAGUGGAUCAAUGGUUACCAACUUUACAUGCCAUUGUCAUUGGUCCAGGUUUGGGUGGAUCCAAUGUAAAUUUGAAAAAUGCAGAGUCUAUCAUUAAGAUGGCUAGGAAAAGAGAUAUCCCACUGGUCAUAGAUGCUGACGGUGUGAACAUAAUAAAGGAAAACCCUGAGGUCAUUUUUGAGUACACCAAGGCCAUCAUCACACCCAACAUGGCGGAAUUCAAUAGACUCUUUGAUAAAGUUAUGGACGGUGAAAAACAGAACGAAAACGACCCCAUUCUCAACGUCAAGAUGCUCAGUAAGAAGUUAGGUAAUGUGACCAUCGUACGGAAGGGCGAGAACGACAUUAUCACGAAUGGCAAACAUGUGUUGGUGUGUGGUAAUGAAGGUAGUCCAAGGAGAUGUGGAGGUCAAGGGGAUGUCCUUGCUGGUACCAUGGGAACCAUGACCCACUGGAGUCACACCAUCAGUCAGAAGGGUUCCUCAAACAAUGAGCUGUUUUUGGCGUUUGGCCCCACUAUAACAGCUGCCUACGCCGCCUGUCUCCUGACCAGACAAAGCAACAAGCAAGCCUUCGCCCAAUUUGGCCGGUUCAUGACCGCAUCAGACAUGAUUGGUCAACUGCCUACAGCCUUUGAGCAGUUGUACCUCUAGUUCGGCUUCCGGUACAUAUGACUCUUAUUUCUCACUAAUUAUAUACACACACAAAAAAACCUAGAUCAUUCGGUAAUAUUCAUCAAUAUAUUGCAUUAUAUGGGAUACCAUUUCUGUGAGCUGCUGAUAUUCCGAGUAGCUGUUUACAGUAGCAUAGAAUUUCUACAUUUUAACAAUGUUCUUAUUGAAUAUUCUAAAAUCAGUCAUUUCCUGUCAAAUGUUCUAGAGGUUGCUUCUGUGAAAUUCCUUAAUUAUUUAUAGAUGAUAAGUAUUUUAACUAUUUUAGUCAAUAGGGUAUUAAAGGAAAUUCAAUCCUUAGAUAGAAUACAAUGUUUUCUAUGUUAAGAGAUUUUGUUAUUCUAUGACCAGAAAAAUGAUGUUAGAUUACUCGACAUUUGAAGCAGAUGUCUUAAGAAGUGCAAAUAUCAUAAGAAGUUAAAAAAUAAGAAUUAAAUAUUGGUCCUUUUGUUUAUUGUAAACUACAUACAGCCUUUGAUUCUAAAUUCCACCCUGCCACUUUGUAGCGUCGAUCAGUAAAAACCAAAUCCUAUCUGAGAUCUUGUAUAUCAGAGGUUGAACAGUGUAGGUCGUACUGUGGGUAGGUACACCGCUGACACUUACCCAACACGUACCUAUCAGAUGUAUCAUACACUUACCAUUGAUGGCCACCAAUUAACAAACCUGUUAAAUAUUUAAUAACUGACUCGCUGAAUUUUUUUGAAAAUUUGAUCCUGUGUCAAAUAAUUUUGAUCACCUUACUGUAUAAUGUUAUCAAUGCUUAAAUUGGUUGACAAAUGGUUUAAACACCUCCGUACAACAAUCCCGUGCCAAGGUGGAACACCGUUCACAGGCGAGACUCAUUGUAGCUUCGUGAGUAUGGGAUCUGAUAGGGACCUCACGCUACCACAAUAAUGAAAUUAUUUGUAAAAGUUAGAAUGACACCAGCCUUUGUUUGGUAGAACUGGUAUUGUCUACAUCACUGACGCUUCAUUUACCGUAUUUCCUUCCAUAAUUGCCCACUAAGUGGAAAAUUACAUUGUACAAAAUCAGUUUUUAGCAGAAAAAGAAAAAUUCAGCAAAGCAUUAGCAUGUUCAUCUAAUGUAAUGAAUGAUCAAUAAGGGUAUAGAAAAUUUCAAAAUGUAUGUUUCAACAAAUAAAUUGUUUUGUAACUGAGAUGCUGAAAUAUAGAAAAUCCUAGUGUGUAUUAAAUAUAUGAUCAAUAAAAACACAUCUAUGAUAACAAC